AUGAUAUCGGAGCGUGAAGGUACUCCAACCCUUACAGACCUAGUACCAAUAGGGUCAGUAGCUAUCAAUGCCAAGAAUAGCCGGACCUGCAAGAUUACGACAGCUGAGGUAAUUGGUGAUGGGUAUUCAAGUCGUGCAAUGGAGGAGGAGCCCCGCAUACAUCGAGGACGGUCUUGCGAAAUCCUUCUACAGGAUAUCCACUCGAUAUUUCGCUAA